AUGGACGCAUUGCUGCAGGUAUGGCCCCUCCCUUCCACCUCCCCUGCUGCAAGUAUGACCCCUCCUUUCCUCCUCCCUGCUGCAGGUAUGGCCCUUCCUUUCCUCCUCCCUGCUGCAGGUAUGGCCCCUCCUUUCCUCCUCCCUGCUGCAGGUAUGGCCCCUCCUUUCCUCCUCCCUGCUGCAGAUAUGGCCCCUCCUUUCCUCCUCCUUGCUGCAAUGGCCUUUCUGCACCUCGCCUCGCACCGCCGCAUGGACGCGCUGCUCCAAGUAAGGGCCCUCUUUUCCUCCCUGCUCCUAGUAAGGCUCCCCCUUUCACACACGCUCCUCCCACGUGGCCUUCCUCCACCGCUGCAUGUUCGCCCUGCUGGAGGUAUGGCCCCUCCCUUGCACCUCAGUGACCGGCACCACAUUCUCCCAUCACCUCAUCCCCCCUCAUGUGCUCCCAACCCCUUAACCCUCCCCACCUGUCCCCAUCCCUCCCCACCCGUGCCCAUCCGUCCCUCGCCACCUGUGCAUCAGCAACUGCAAGCCCUGCAGCCGUUUGGGCUGGCGGGUGCCUCCCUGGCAAGUGCUGCACUGACAGGCGGGAUUCAGGCCGGUGCUGCUGCCCUGACAAGGCAAAAGGGGCGGCCAGGCGGAGGGCGUGGGGGAGCAGGGUUGGCCGGUGAUGGGGGGAGUGAGGUGGAGGGGGUGUGCGGGGGACGGGGACGCAUGCCACACUGCCUCGGUCCAGCAGGCACAGAGGACCGGGGCAAGGGGGAGGCGGAGGGGGAAUAUCUGAUGGUGCAGCUCCGAGGGGGGCUUAACCAGAUGCGCGCAGGGGUGAGUGGGUGCAGGGUGGCCUCUCUUCCAACGAAGCUGCUGCAGCCGCCAUCGUUUAUCUCCCCACCCCGUCCUCCUCCCUGUCCUUCCCCCUCUCUUCAUCUCCCCCGUGGUGGUGGCGAGGAUGCUGGCGCCAUCCCCCCUUCAUCUUCCCACCCCGUCCUACCCCCCUGCCUUCCCCACCCCCCAUCCUCACCUGUAUGCUGGCAGAUCUGCGAUGCAGUGGUGGUGGCGAAGAUGCUAGGGGCGACCCUGGUGCUGCCGCUGCUUGAUAACUCCUCCUGGUGGGCUGACGGCAGCACCUUCUCCGAUGUGUUUGACGCGCCUCACUUCAUCCGCACCCUCGCCCCCUCAGUGCGGGUGGUGCCACGUCUACCUGCCACGCUGAGGGACCUGCCCCCUGUGGUGCGCACCGUGCCCAAAGCCUCCUCGCCGGACUACUACCUCAAGCAUGUGCGCCCCCUCCUCAGUGCGCUCAGGGACUUGCCUCCAGUGUUCUUCUUCCUCCAACCCCUCACCUUCUCCCCCAACACCAUCGCAUCACAGGAGGGCGCAGGUGCUGAAGCUGAACCAUUUCAUUUCAAGCUCAACUAUAGCCUCCCUGCAACAGCUCUCCUCUGUUUGAGCCCACUCAAACUAUUUCCCCCCUCUCUUCUUCCCCCCCUCUACCUACGUCACAGGAUAGCGCAGGUGCUGAAGCUGAACCACUCCAAGAGGGCGCAGGUGCUGAAGCUGAACCAUUUCAAGUUCAAGCUAAAUUACAGUCUCCCUGCACCCCUGCAAAAGCUGCGCUGUGAAGCCAACUACGAGGCACUUCACUUUGUACCGGCAGUCACUCAAGCCAUCGCCCCUUUCCCCCACCCUGCCACCCCCCCGUGUACCAACCCCCCCUUCCUCCCUCUCCCCCACCCCCUCCCCACCAGCUGCGCUCUGCGCUGUAAAGCCAACUACGAGGCGCUACGCUUCGUGCCGGCAGUCACUCAAGCCGUCGCCCAUCUCACCCACGCCCUCACCCACCCCUCCCCCCUCGCCGCCUACGCUUCCAUUUCCCCUGGCGCUCCUGCUGCUGCUCCUUCUGUUGCUUCGUACUCUGCCUCUGCUGCCGGUGCUGGCCCUGCUGCUGCUGCGACAAGCUGCGGUGGUGAAGAGGCCGGGCAUGGAGCACAAGAGCAAGCGGCACAGAUGGGGCAGAGGGAGCAGAGGGAAGCGAUGGGAGGGACGGGAGGGAUGGCGGCAGAGGGGAGUGGGGAGGCAGUCAAGUAUGUGGCGCUGCACCUGAGGUACGAGCCUGACAUGCUCGCAUUCACUGGGUGUGACUAUGGCGGAGGGAGAAAAGAGAGGAGGCUGCUUGAGGGGAUCAGGAAGCGAUGGCCAGAGCUUCCCAGACAGAACCCCAAGCAGCAGAGAGCCAAGGGAAAGUGCCUCGUCACUCCCUCGCAGUUUCCCUACAAGCCUUGCCCCCCCCCCCCUUCACCCGCCUCUACACUGCCUUGGGUGGCACUAGUGCUGCAAGUCCCGGGCUUCCCCCCUUCAACACACCGCUACAUCGCUUCGGUGGCCCUACAAGCCCUUGGCUUCCCUUCGUCAACUCGCCUUUACAUCGCCUCGGGCGAGCUCCACGGGGGGCCCUCCGCCCUGCUUCCCUUACUCAAGGCCUUCCCCUUUGCCACCGACAAAUACUCCCUCGCUCGCUCCCUCGCUCCUGCUAGGGGGAAGGAGGGCAGGGUGGCCGACAGGGAUGUGUCAAGCGGUGCAGGGGGAGAGAGUGGAGCAGCGAAGGGUGCAGCUGUAGAGUGGGGAAGAGGGGGCGAUGGGGGAGGGGGAGUAGGAGGAGGGGUAUUGGAGGGGCUGCAAGGGAGGAAGACGCUUCUAGCGGCGGUGGACUAUGAGAUGUGCCGGCGAGGGCACAUGCUGGUGCUGAAUAACAACGGCAACAUGGCUCACCUGCUCUCCGGUCACAGAAGCAAUGGCAACAUGGCACACCUGCUUGCUGGGCCUAGAGUGGUGGGCAAUGGUAUGGUGGUGAGGGGGUGGGAGACGGGGGCAGAUGCUGGUGGUGAGGGGGUGGGAGACGGGGACAGAUGCUGGCACAGCCGUGUUGGAAGCACAGUGCAGGUGUUUUGCUCAUCAGAGGCGCGUUUGCCCCAUUCAGUUACCGCCUCAGUCCCCAACCCCCUAACUCCCACCAAGUUCUAA